AUGAGGCCGAUUUUGAUGAAGGGCCACGAGAGGCCACUCACGUUCCUCAAAUACAACAGGGACGGCGAUCUCCUCUUCUCCUGCGCCAAGGACCACAACCCUACUGUCUGGUUCGCCGACAACGGCGAACGCCUCGGCACUUACCACGGUCACAAUGGCGCCGUUUGGUGCUGCGACGUCUCAAGAGAUUCUGGUCGACUCAUAACUGGGAGUGCGGAUCAGACCGCGAAGCUAUGGAACGUGCAAACCGGUCAGCAGUUGUUCACCUUUAAUUUUGAUUCUCCGGCGCGUUCUGUCGAUUUCUCCGUCGGAGAUAAGCUAGCUGUCAUCACCACUGAUCCUUUUAUGGAAUUGCCCUCUGCAAUACAUGUCAAGCGCAUUGCUAAAGAUCCCACCGAACAGACGGGGGAAUCUGUGCUUCUUAUUAAGGGUCCUCAGGGCAGAAUAAAUAGAGCUAUUUGGGGACCUCUAAACAGAACCAUUAUUAGUGCGGGUGAAGAUGCUGUCAUUCGUAUUUGGGAUUCUGAGACAGGAAAAUUGCUUAAGGAGUCAGAUAAGGAAUCUGGCCAUAAAAAGACUGUGACAUCACUUGCCAAGUCUUCUGAUGGUUCACACUUCCUUACAGGCUCCCUUGACAAGUCUGCUAGGCUUUGGGAUACUAGAACAUUGACUCUUAUCAAGACCUAUGUCACAGAACGGCCAGUCAAUGCAGUUGCAAUGUCGCCACUUCUAGAUCAUGUGGUACUUGGAGGUGGUCAAGACGCAUCAGCUGUUACAACUACUGAUCAUCGUGCAGGCAAAUUUGAAGCCAAAUUCUAUGAUAAGAUUCUUCAGGAAGAAAUUGGGGGUGUGAAAGGGCAUUUUGGACCAAUUAAUGCAUUAGCUUUUAACCCUGAUGGAAAAAGUUUUUCAAGUGGAGGUGAAGAUGGUUAUGUACGGUUGCAUCACUUCGAUCCAGAUUAUUUCAACAUCAAAAUAUAG